AUGCCCGAGCGAGACUCUAUCACCCUAACGACCGUACUGGUUGCGUUCGCCAGCAACGGCUCACUGAGAGAGGCCGUACAUAUAUUCCAGGCCACCCCAUGGAGGAAUCUGGCAUCUUGGAACUCCAUGCUUGACGCAUAUGCCAAAGCCGGGGAAGAUUCCAAUGUGGCCAACACGUUUGAGAAGAUGCCCGAGAGGGAUCUAUUGUCCUGGAACAUCAUGCUCUCCUCGUGCUCCCAGAAUAUCCAAGAUGCCGAGCACAUCUUCGCCCAGAUGCCCCAGCGUGACCUCGUCUCGUACGGCGCAAUGCUGUUCGUGUACGGCCAGCGCGGGAAUCUGAGAGAUGCCAAGCGCAUCUUUACCAGCGAAAUGCCCUUCCACAACCUCGUAUCCUGUACGGCCAUGCUAAAUGCAUAUGCCCAGGAAGGGCAUCUCCAGCAGGCAAAAGAUAUUCUCCAGGAUAUGCCCGAGUGGGAUUUGGUGUUAGUAAGCGCUAUGAUGGUGGCAUACUCCCGUCACGGGGACAUAAAUGCGGCUAGAUUCCUCUUUGAUACUUCUUACGUGAGGGAUGUGGUGUGCUGGACUGCUAUGCUCCGAGCAUAUGCCUUUAAGGGGCAUCUUGAGGAAUCUAAGCACUUGUUUGAUUGGAUGCCAGAGCAUGACACCUACACCUGGAAUGCCAUGUUGUCGGCAUAUUCCCAAAACUGGCAUCUGGAAGAAGCAAAGGAUGUCUUUGAGACAAUGCCCGAGCAUAAUUCUGUGUCUUGGAACACAAUGCUCUCGGUCUAUUCUCUUCACAAACGCCCCAAAUUAGCUCAAAAUUUUUUUGAUGCAGUCCCAGAGCACAAUCUUGUGACUUGGGGAGCGUUGUUAGCGGCAUAUGCACAAAACGGGCACUAUGAAGAGGCAUUUUUUGUUUUUCACACUGCAGCAAUGGUUCAUGAGCUUGAUCUUGCUUGCUUUGUGAUGUUUUUCCUGGCUUGUAGCCACUCAGGGAAAGUUGGAGUUGGGAAACAGAGGUUUGCUUCGAUUAGUAUUGAUUAUGGUUUGACACCUAAUAAACAGCACUAUAGUUGCAUGCUAGAUAUCUUGAGCCGUGCUGGACAUUUAGAUGAUGCACGAGAUUUACUUGCUAAUAUGCCUUUUGCUCCAAAUUCUCUUGAAAGAUAUCUUUCAGGAUUUUCUAGGGAUGAUGUUGAUGUUGAAGUCUUUGAGGAUUCUCCACAGAUGGAUGAUGGUCAUGAGAACGAUCAAUGGAGUGAAAUCACAGGAAGGCUGGAGGGUGUUCCUCCUCGACUUGGUCCAGGAAUGCCCGCUUCUAACCAAAAGCCUCUGCCGGGACCUAAUCUGCACGUAAGUUUUCUCGGUGUGGUGCAUGGUGAUGCUUUUCAUAAUUUAGAGUACUUGGCUUGGAAAAACUUGAUGUCGGAAGUGGCAUUUGAACCCAUUCAUUCUAAAGAGGAGCAGAACUUGAGUCCGCUCCUAAGACCGGUCGGCCACCCUGACAUUUAUUAUUGA